AUGUAUAUUUUUCACCGAGGAAUCAAAGUAGUGAACGAAUUUCUUCCGGUUACAAACCACUGGUUAAUUUUGUUUGCUUCGAUCCCAGUGGCCUUAUCGACGGGAACUAUAUUCGUUUAUUCGGUUUACAGUACAGACUUGGCGAAACGAUGCCAGUUAGAUGCAUCACAGACGGGAAGCUUGAAUAUUAGUGCGACCAUUGGAACUGCAUUUGGGGGAUUAUUUGGAGGGUUGAUUACCGAUACGUAUGGUACACAGUUGCCUAUCCUUGUGAGCUGUGUGAGCAUUUCGCUUGGAUAUAAAUGGUUGUAUGAUUCCUACAGACUCGGACAAAAUAGCAGUAUGACUUUGUUGCUCCUUUCUAUGUUUUUAGUUGGUAUUGGGUCUGUUUCGGGGUAUUUCAGUGCUAUUAAGGCGGUGACGCUAAAUUUCCCUAAUUACAAAAGUUCUGCUCAAAGUGUAACCAUUGCAUCGUUUGCGAUUUCAAGUUUGUUGUUUCUGUUUAUCUCGUCCAGAAUUUUGAAAGGAGAUAUAGGGGCGUUUUUAUAUUUUAUGCAUGUUGCAUGCGGCCUUCUAAUCUUGUUGGGAUUUAUAUUCAUUCGAGUAGAUGGGCAUUUUGAAGAUAAGAAACAACAUCAAGAAACUCAGGUAGAGUGCGAUGAAAUGACUGGUUUGCUAAUUUCAAAUCAAUCAGAAUCUGAAGGAAUUCGUGACUCUUCGGAGGACACCAAUGAUUUGAAAUCUAUGUCAUUGAAGAGGUCACUAAUUCACCCCGUAUUUUGGUACCAUUAUCUUAUACUCUCGCUCAUCCAGGGCUUUGGUCAAAUGUAUAUUUAUUCUAUUGGGUUUAUUUUGAAGGCUAUACAUUAUUACUACGAUAAUGAAGUAUCACAAAAGACCGGCUCUCCUUCAUUACAAACACACCAAGCAUUACAUGUUUCCUUGAUUGCGAUAUGUUCAUUCAUUGGAAGAUUGACAUCGGGACCUCAGUCCGACUUUCUAGUGAGGAAGGCACAUUGUCAAAGGCAUUGGAUUUUGAUUCUAGGUUUAUCCUUGAUGUUUGCAGGUCAUUGCAUAAACUUUAUUGACUUGACACGGCUUUGUUCUGACUUACGUCUGGCUAAUAAAAUAUUACUGUUGGCUUCUUGCAUCAUUGGAUACGCUUACGGGUUUAGCUUUACUUGUUAUCCAGCGAUAAUUUCGGAUCUAUUUAAUAUGCGUAAUUAUAGCUUCCUUUGGGGUACUAUGUAUACAAGUACUACUUUUGGCUUAGCAUUAAUGACAAGUAUAUUUGGUUACUAUUAUGAUUUAAAUAGCACUAAGUGGGAUGAUACAGCUGAAGAAUAUGUUUGUAACAAAGGAUCGGGCUGUUAUAAAUCAACUUUUCAAAUAACAUCAGGACUAUGCGUACUCACGGCUAUUCUAGUCUUGGGCUAUAUUUAUACAAAGAGGUCUAAUAAGCCACCUGUUAUACUAUAG